GUUUAUGACGUAGAAGCCGGAAGUUAAAUUUUAUUUGUAAAGAAUCAUUUGAUUUGUAAAUAAGGAAAUUGGUCGCUCUCGGAUAUGUCAGGGAUGUGCAUGUGAAAGGCUACUUAUACAGAAAGUCAAAGGAAAAUGGAUCUGUUAAAUCUUAUAAAGAAGAAGUCAUCCCCUCUGAAGAAAUUAGAACUAGCCGUCCUAGAAAACAAUAAUAAGGAACUGAAAGAAGUGCUGGAAAAUGGGGUGGAUCCAAACGUGGAGAUUCAAUAUCACGGAGGAAACUGUGCCUUACAUAUUGCUGCACAAAACGGGUAUUUUCUCUGUGUGGAGACUCUGUUAGAAUACAAUGCUGAUCCCGACAAGACAAACCAUUUCAAUUUGACUCCACUGUACAUCGCACUCAGAAGGAAUCAUGCCAGGUGUGUAGAAAUUCUCUUGAGAAUAAACAAACCACUUCUAAGCAUUGAGCCAGUUUGGAUGAACAUGGACAAUGCAGCUCGGGUGUGGAAUGAUGCGAAGGAUACAAUGAUUUCUGUAUUAAUAAAAGCCACGCCAGAUUUAGAAAGAUGUAGGAGCAACUUGAGAAGUAACUUGUUCUUCUUGUGUAAAAACAAAAUGAUGUAUACAAGUCUUCAUGCAAUGUACAUGGGAGGUUAUAGUCUCGGUCCGGAGGAGAUACAGAUGUUUAUGAACUCGGAUCUUGAAAGUGAUAAAAACUUUUAUGACUGGGUGCACAAGUUUAAUCGACAACCUCAGGGACUGAUGCACUACUGUAGGUUAUCUGUUCGUCGGAGUUUUUGUGGAAACUGCAAUGUUUAUUAUGGAGUGCAGAAAUUGCCUCUUCCCAGACUUGUUAAGGACUACAUUAUCCUUAAGGAUAUUAAUGGAACUGAUACGUGAAAACACAAUGUGCAAAAUUAAUGGUAAACCAAUAGACAAAAUGUAUAGAAAAUUUGUUUGGUCUAUAGUGAGAUGAAUAUUUUAAGACCGGAGUGUCUAUACAGUGAAUUAAUGCAGUAUUGAAUUCAAGACAGUUACUACGUACAGUAUUUGAUGUUCUGUAGUUCAAUUAUUAUUUGCCACCGCUAUUUAUAUGAAUUAGGCUUUCGAAAAUAUCACCAAAGAAUAAAAAGUGUUUUGAAUUAUAUAUUAUCUAAAAUCAAGUGAUAAAUCUGUUUCAAGUUCAGAAGGAAAUGAAAUACAAAUAAAGAGUACAAUUAAAA